CACGCUCGAGCCAGCUAGCUCCGCGAGCGCCGCGGGACGUUGCUAGGGACCGUGGUCUCGUGCAGGACGGAGAGUAAACGGACGAGUAGCUCUCGCCUGUUAUGUGAACCUUCGAUAGAUUUUGUCAGUGGAGUUUCGCGAGAUUCGCAGUGUUGACAGCAAGUUUUGCUAGAUGGCGAUGGCUAACCGUCCUUAACGUUAGCCCAUGCGGGGUUUACCUGAAGUAACGGAGGUCUAGCUGAACUACUUAGCCUGUUAGCUGUCUAGCUUCAUGUCUCCAUGUCUUUAAACUGCGUUUAAACUGCGACUCUGCUGCUGGUGCCACUGCCUAGCUUGCUGAUAUUAGCUAACCUAACUUCUUUACCCAGCACACCAUCAUUACGAGCGAGGGUAAGUUAGGGACGCGGCUAGGAAACCAUCAACAAGCGAAUGAUCUAAAAGGAAAUCGAAGGUUCUCCUCCAGAUAAGAAACCAAAUGGGGAAUCUUUUAAAAGUGCUCACUUGCACAGAGCUUGAUCAGGGACCAAACUUUUUCCUUGACUUUGAAAAUGCGCAGCCCACAGAUAGUGAGCGAGAAGUGUGGAACCAGGUGAACGCUGUGCUCCAGGAAUCUGAGAGCAUCUUGUCUGGCCUGCAGGCAUACAAGGGCGCAGGACGUGAGAUACGAGAUGCGAUACAGAAUCCUAACGACUUGUUACUUCAAGAGAGGGCAUGGAACUCCGUGUGUCCUCUCGUGAUUCGGCUCAAGAAGUUCUACAGCUUCUCGCUGAAGCUGGAAAAAGCCCUGCAGAGUCUGUUGGAGUCUUUGACCUGUCCACCGUGCACACCCACCCAGCACCUGGAGAAGGAGCAGGCCCUCGCUAAACAGUUUGCUGAAAUCCUGCAUUUCACGCUUCGCUUUGAUGAACUCAAGAUGAGGAUUCCUGCCAUCCAGAACGAUUUCAGCUACUACAGAAGAACAAUCAGUCGAAACAGAAUAAACAACAUGAAUUUGGACAUUGAAAAUGAAGUCAACAAUGAGAUGGCAAACAGAAUGUCUCUCUUCUAUGCUGAGGCUACCCCCAUGCUGAAAACUCUCAGUACAGCAACAACAAACUUUGUCACUGAGAAUAAGACGUUGCCCCUGGAGAACACCACGGACUGCCUGAGCACGAUGGCCAGUGUGUGUAAAGUCAUGUUGGAGACACCAGAGUACACAAGCCGGUUCAACAGUGAGGACACGCUCCUCUUCUGCAUGCGGGUGAUGGUUGGGGUCAUCAUCCUCUAUGACCACGUGCACCCCAAUGGUGCCUUCACCAGGAGCUCCAAAAUUGAUAUGAAGGGAUGCAUAAAAGUCCUGAAAGAGCAGCCUGCUGACAAUGUUGAAGGUCUCCUGAAUGCCCUGAAAUUCACCACAAAACAUCUGAAUGAUGAGACGACUCCAAAACACAUCAGAUCGAUGCUCCAGUAAGCUUGUUUUUAAAAUGAAGAGGAUCAGUGUACAGACCUCAAAAGAUGUAUAUGUUUACAUUUAUUUAAGGACUUGGUGUUAAUACUUGUGCGUAUUUACAUAGCCAUUCCCUCCAAGUUACUGCAGUGAAAAGAAAACAUGCUUGUAAUCUAAACAGAACAAAUUCUGUACUGUCUGUCAAAGCACAACUUAACGAAUCCAGGCAGCCUUAUACAUACUCAUGAUCUGUUUCUUUCGAAUCAAAAACGGUGAAUGUUUUAACCAAAAGUGGCUAAUGCCUUAUUGUGGAUUCGGUGCGACACCGUGGGGGUGUCCAGUGAAGUGAACCAGCUACAGCUGAAGUGUUCUGUGACUGACUGACUAAACCCUGACUCAGUGGUGCUGUUUCAUUGACUCAACAGUGAGAAGACCGUUCUGCAAUGCCAUAGUAAGCAGUAAUGUAACCAAAAUGUUUUUUUAAUAAUGUGAUUUUGGCAAAAGGUUUGGAUUUUUUUUUUUUUGUUGUUGUUUUUUUGUUUUUGUUUUGUGAUGUGUGCUCUUUGUGUGUGCGUGCCUCUCUAACAUUUUCAUUACUUAUCACCACAGCUUUAAAAAUGAAAAUAAAAUGACAUUGAGUAUAUUUUAAA